AUGAACUUCGACAGCCUCCUGUACCGCCUGGCAAAACUCUCCGAGUUCGUUAUCAUCGUCCUUCUCGUUCUGUGGUCUGUCGACAACAUCCAGAGCGACGUGCAGUUCAUCGAGUUCUUCGCCGGGGUCGGCAACGCGUUUCUGUGCAUGCAGGAGCACUACCGGUCCUUGCGGUUCGACAUCGAGGAUCAUCAAGCUCCUCCGGGCCGUAGCAACUUUAUGGACUUUGCAUCAACCUCCGGUUUUGCUUUGGCCAUCAUGGCGGUGCUUCGGACGACCGUCGACAAGUCCCUCACCCAUUACGGUAUCAAGUGCUCCUCGUUCUGUCAAAUGAACACCGGAACCUCUCGAAGGUCUGCUUGUGCAUCUCUUGGUUAUACUACAUACCCUUCGGUAUGCAGCUCCAACUUGUUGUUGGAGAGGACAACCUUACUCAUACUCCUGAACACUGCUCUCGGGGGUGCCUGGACCCUCGAGCAGCCCAAAGGCUCCGUCCUGGAAUACUAUCCAUCCUGGAGGAGGAUGAUGCAAGCAGUCUGCGAGCAUGGUGGCCCGUUUGCGGUGGCACGAACCAGUUUAUGGAUGGGGCUGUAUGGGGCAGACACCCCGAAACGCCAUUACUUCUACAGCAACAGCCAGUCUGUGCACAAGUUGGACAAAGGGAAACUACAUGUAAAGAAGUUCGACAAGAAAAAGAAGACAGCGCAUUAUUCCUAUGACAAGAACAACAAAGCCUGUUGGACCGCGACUAAAGACCUGAGUGGAACCCAGCUUCUCGCAAAACAACCCAUUAAAGAGGUUGUGCUUUCCUAUGUAUACCUUCAUCCACCAGAACCUACUUUUUUGCAGGGUCCCUAUAGUUGCGAUAUUAGGGGUGUUUAUAAUAAGAACCUACAAAAUGGGUUUUGGUAG